GCGGUUGAGGGGAAAGGGAGGAGCAAGACAACAGAAAGAAAGGUUACACAUGAGAAGUCUGAGGAGGAACUAAACAAAGCACAGAGAGGGAGAAGGAGGCAGAGAACGGGUAGAGUUGGUUAGGAGUAGGUUUCAGUCUCACCUCGCAGCUAAUUACCUCUUCUUUACUGUGGUGAAAGAAAGCAAACAGAAAGUAAGUGGGACAAACAGAACACGCAAACAGAAAAGGGCAGCAGGAGAAAGCAGAAGUUAGAGGAAGAGGAGGGAAGGUAAAUCAGUUAGAAGACACCAGGUGUUGGAGACUAAUUGAAGAAGAGAAUAAAAAAAAAAAAAAACAAGGCAGGAGGGGGAAAUUAAGAAUACAGCUGAUACUCAUUGACAGAGAGCAGUGGACCUAACUCUGUGGACUACUGACAUCAGCAAAACAAAGGAAGAAGAGCUUCAGGAAAGAGGUCACAGCGGUGCAGCAGUAGUGUAGCUUGCCCGAGCAUGCCAGCUAUGAGAUAGACUUAAACACAGACAGGCAGUAGUUUCUAACAGCACCAUGUUGAUGAAAGAGUACCGCAUAUGUAUGCCACUGACUGUGGAUGAGUAUAAGAUCGGACAGCUGUACAUGAUCAGUAAGUACAGCUGUGAGGAGAGUGGCGGAGGAGAAGGUGUGGAGGUGGUAAGAAAUGAGUCAGACGUCCACCCCCAGCACGGCGCUGGACAGCUGACCGAGAAGCGGAUCUACCUCAGCAGUAAACUUCCAUCCUGGGCAAAAUCAUUUGUCCCACGAUUCUUCUACGUGACAGAAAAGGCCUGGAACUUCUACCCAUACACCAUCACAGAGUACUCAGCAUCAUUCCUCCCCAAGUUCAGCAUCCGUAUUGAGACGAGAUUUGAGAACAACAACGGCGAUAACGACAACGUGUUUGGGGACACGCCGACCCCAGCGGGGAAUGUGAGCUUCCUGGAUAUCCUGAGUGACCCCAUCCCUGAAAAGCACUACAAAGAAUCAGAGGACCUAAGUCGCUGGCAAUCGAGUAAAACUGGCCGUGGGCCCCUGAAGGAUGGCUGGAGAGACGACCACAGGCCCAUUAUGUGCUCCUAUAAGAGGGUGUGCUGCAGCUUUGAGGUCUACGGCUUCCAAACUAGGACAGAGGAGUUCAUACACAGAAACAUCAGGGAUAUUCUUCUGGUUGGUCACAGACAAGCAGUCGCAUGGAUAGACGAAUGGCACGGGCUGAAUAUGGAGGAGGUGAGAGAGUACGAGCGGACAAUGCAAGAGAAGACCAACAGCAAAGUCAAAUUGAACCAGAACAACACAGACCCAUCAGCUGCCUUUCGUCCUCGCUCCAUCUCGGAGUCAGAUGAGCGUUCCCUGAAGAGGAUGGGAGUGGUGAAUGCGGCCAUGUCUGACCCCCCCGCUUCCUCAAUUGCAAAAAGCCCCAUGCGCCUCAACUCCACCCCUAGAUGAAGCCUCACAUACAGAUAAUAUGCACAGACACAAGACAAACAUUCAAACAUUCACCACAGCCAUGUGAUGUUUUUUUCUUUCAAACACAGACCCAACCCACAUGCAAACAGUGACAUGAACACCACCACAGAAAGAUGCUGCUUGUAACAUCUUGUACGUUAAACCACAUACGUGCCACACAAACACAAAGUGCCUUCUCAAAACCACCUUCUGCUGUUGCUUUGUCAAAUCCCUCCAGUCUUUGACAGCCAAGCCACACUCGCCUGUAAAUGCAAUACAUGGUUUCCUCUAAGUUCCUCACCAACCACCAGCAGGGCUUUCCAGUUGUUUCCCAGCCCCUGACCAGCAGCCUACAGACAGAUGCAUAAGGAGUUUAAUAGAGUGGAUCUAAUGAGAGAGAGGAGAAGGGGGAAGUUGUCAAUGCUAUAGAUCUGCUCCCCUUUCCACCUCAGCCAAUAGGUCAGACCAGUUGUAUUGACAAAGGCCAGUGAGGCGUUGUAUUGGCUCCUUGAUUGCAUAGCUGAGAGCUGCAAAUGGGUCAACCCAGGGCUAAACUUCAAUUAUGAGUCAAUGAUGUGACCAUCUAUAAUUUAAUUAGUUGAAUUUUUAAUACACAUAUUGAGAGGUUCUCAUCAUCAGGGAUCAAGUAGAAGAAGAUACGGUGCAUACAAUGUUGCUGUAAAAUGUUGCUUCUCUGUAAAUACAGCUCACUCAGCCUGAAUGAUAAAAAUCAGGUGAAAGAUUUAUGUGGAAAUUGUGGUGUACAGUCUUUCAAUAAAUUAUCUCCAAUUAAGACAAUGAACUUCA